GAAGAAAGCGUCACGUGACGCACCCAGAAGUCCUGGAGAAAACGGUGUCUUCUGGAGGCGUCGCUGUGACGCGGAUUCGUCUCGUUUGACUACGUGUUAAAAUGCCCUUGUUUUACUCCACUUGAGUCCCAACGAAAGACACGCGCGUGUGUAGCCGCCGUUUCACGCUGGAAAGAUGAAUUCAAGGCGUUUGAAACGCUAACGAGCUAACGUCAGCUAGCAGCGAUGGCUGCGCGGAGGACCGCGCGGGACGUCCGUCAGCAUGAAUUCUGAGAGUGACGUGUUGAUGAAGGAGUACAUCAAGAUGAUGACCGACAUGAUCGUGCUGUGCGCCACUUUGGCUCUCUCCCUGUCCUUCUGGAUGAUCUCCAUCACCAUCAGCAGCUACUACGGAACACUGCAGCCUGUGUCGCCGUGGCGAUGGUUGUUCUCCAUCUUGGUUCCCCUCACGCUGACGGCCAGAGGGUUGAAGAGACAGAGUCUGAGCUACUCCGGAGCGCUGGGAGCUCUGCUCGUUGGCUUCGUGCUGACGAUGGCCAACUACAGCUUCUUCUCCGCCCUGCUGGCCUUCUUCAUCACCUCCACCAAACUCACUCGCUGGGGGGGGGCGCACAAGAGGAAGCUAGACGCCGAGUACAAAGAAGGCGGUCAGAGGAACUGGAUCCAGGUGUUCUGUAACGGAGGAGUUCCCACAGAGCUCGCACUGCUUUACAUGAUCGAGGUGGGUCCAGGUGAGAUGCCCAUCGACUUCAGCAGGCAGUACACGGCCUCCUGGAUGUGCCUCUCUCUGCUGGGCGCGCUGGCCUGCAGCUGCGGGGACACCUGGGCCUCGGAGGUGGGACCCGUCCUCAGCCAAUCAAAGCCCAGACUCAUCACCACCUGGAAGGAAGUCCCUGCAGGCACAAACGGGGGCGUCACCACUGUGGGACUCGUAGCCAGUUUCCUGGGUGGGCUGGUGGUGGGCGGGGCUUACUACGCCACGCAGCUCCUGCUGGUGAACGACCUGGACCUGGUGAACCCCCAGUGGCCCAUCGUGGUGUACGGGGGCGUGGCCGGCCUGGUGGGGUCCUUGCUGGACUCCUUCCUGGGGGCUCACAUGCAGUACUCAGGCUACGACGCCAGCAUCGGGAAGGUGGUGAACUACCAGUCGGCCACCACCCGGCGGAUCUGUGGCAAGCCCAUCCUGGACAACAACGCUGUCAACCUGUUCUCCUCCGUCCUGGUGGCGCUCAUCCUGCCCGGCCUGGCCUGGGGGAUGUGGCCCCGAUAGAUAAAGACACUAGUGGUCCGUCGGACCCUCGUCUCAUGUUCUCACCACAUGUCGGACGCUUGAGAAGAAAUAAAACCUUGUGAUUUGGGCCCUGCAUUUAGACAUAAACUUUCAGGUAUAAUUUAAGCUUAACACUGCCCCCCAUUAUAAUAUAAUCACUAUAUUGUUUAUUUGCUGUUUCUUUUUUUUAAUCACUAAUUUAUAAGAUCAUGGAAAAACAAAUGUCAUUAAAAUAAAUGAAAAAAUGUAAUGCAAAAAAACAUCCGUCAAAAUAUGUUGAAAAAGUCCAAUAAACUCUAAAAUGUAAAAAAUACAUGGAGAAACAAUAUUAGGUGUAAAAAUGCUGAGAAGGAAAGUCAACAUAUGCCAUGUUGCUAAAUGUCAUGGUAGAAAAAGUAAAAAAAAUAUGUUUCGGGAGAAAAAAGAAAUAUUAGGCCAAAGAUUUUUUUUAGGAAAAGUCACAAUAUAUUGGGUCAAACAUUUUCAUGGGAAA